GUUCCAACACGGUGGCUGUGCUAUACUGUUAGAAUCUGAUGUGUAUACACCGGCCGGGAAUUUAUUUCAAGGCACCAUCAUCUCGCUAUAAUAUACACAAUUCAGGAGUAUAAAUAUCAGGACUACCGAGCAUAGGACACACAGUCAGUAUCCAAGUACACAAGUAUUCGUCUCCCAAUACAAUAACUCUUCUCUCAAAAUGCGUAUCAACUUCAACUUUGCCACCGCCCUCGUCGGUCUCUUGUCCGUUGCCAGCUAUGCUUCGGCUGCAAAAAGCUACAAUCGCUUGAACAUUUCGGACGCAGCUGUUCUCUUCAUCGAUCACCAAGUGGGACUUUUCAAUCUUGUUCAAGACACUAACCCAGACUCUUUCAAGAACACUAUCUUGGCCGUUGGUGACACUGCAAAAUACUUUGAUUUGAAAGUAGUCUUGACCACAUCCCGUGAAGACGGUCCUAAUGGUCCUAUGAUGCCAGAGCUCAAGGCCAAGUUCCCAAAUGCACCCUAUGUUGCUAGACCAGGCCAGAUCAACGCUUGGGAUGAUCCUGAUUUCGUUAAAGCUGUAAAAGCUACCGGAAAGAAACAGCUCAUCAUCUCAGGUAUUGUUACUGAUGUAUGCGUGACAUUCGUUUCUUUGUCUGCCAAGGCUGCUGGCUACGAUGUUUUUGUGGUUACCGACGCUUCUGGUACAUUUAAUGAAGCUAUCAGAGAUGCUUCAUGGUCACGAAUGGAAGCUAGCGGAAUUCAACUCAUGAAUUGGUUUGCUGUUGCCUGUGAGCUGGCCCGUGAUUGGCGAAUGGAUCUUGAGGGUCUUGCAAACUUGUUCGGUUCCCACAUCCCUACCUAUAAAGCACUUAUGGACGGAUACAACGGAGCCGUUGCUUCAGCUAAGAAAUAGAGGUUAACUCAGAAUUUUUACACUAUUCAAUAAAGAGAUCAACAAUCACUCCAUUAUUCAAGGGUAUUACCAUC